AAUUGACUUACAAAAUUUUUCUCUUCCAUUGAAGGAUUCUUAAAGCUUAAAAAGGUCGAUAAAAAUUGACUUAUACAUAAACCAUGGUUAGGAAAACGACGUCGAAGAGAUAUUCGGUGGCGUUGGUGGUCGUUAUGGUUAUAUAUGUUGCUUUCUCCUCCGUCUUCGAUCGUCAAUUGUUUCCAUCGUUAUGUUUCUCUCAAGGUACGUUACAACAAACAUGGGAAUCCAGAAGAAUCAUGCAACCCACACAACCACAAGAGACUUCUUCGGCAACAAUCACAUGUGACCGAUCCCACACUAAUUACGAUCUCUGCUCAAUCAACGGCUCAUGUAUUCUCGACCCCAAAACCGGUACUUUUACUCUCAUGGAUCCAACAUUUGCAACUUCACUCGUUGAGAAAAUCAGGCCAUACCCAAGAAAAGCUGAAAACUGGACCAUGCCUAGGAUCAAAGAGCUAACAUUAAGCUCAGGCCCAUUGGGCUUGACCCGAGCAUGUGACAUAACACAUGAUUCGCCAGCGAUUGUGUUCAGUGCCGGAGGUUACACCGGAAGCAUAUAUCAUGAUUUCUUGGACGGUUUCAUUCCUCUUUUCAUCACCGCCAACUCGGUAUACCCGGAUCGCGAUUUCAUCCUCGUGGUAGUGAAUUCUAAGGAAUGGUGGAUGCCGAAAUACAUCGAUAUUCUAGGUGCGUUUAGCAAACACAAAACCAUACUACUUGACAAAGAAAAUACUUCUUUUACACAUUGCUUCCCUUCAGCCACUGUGGGUCUAGUUUCACAUGGGCCUAAAAUAAUAGAUCCAACCCAAAUACCCAAUUCCAAAUCAUUAGUGGACUUCCACAAUCUUUUAGACAAAGCCUUAGACACAAACCAAUCUCUUCUCAAAACUCACAAGCCUCGUCUCAUUUUGGUUAGUAGAUGUGGGAACAUUGGUCGGGUGAUAAUAAACGAGAAAGAGAUCAAAGAGAUGCUUGAAGAUGUUGGAUUCGAGGUAAUCACAUUUAGACCAUCUAAAACGACGAGUGUAAGAGAAGCGUAUAAACUUAUAAAGUCGAGCCACGUGAUGGUUGGGGUUCAUGGUGCGGCAUUAACCCAUUUGUUGUUUCUUCGACCUGGUUCAAUGUUGGUUCAAGUUGUUCCGCUUGGGCUAGGUUGGGCGUCAAAAACGUGUUACGAGUCGCCAGCUAAGGCAAUGAAGUUGGAGUAUAUUGAGUAUCGGGUGGAUGUGGAAGAGAGUAGUUUGAUAGAGAAGUAUAACAGAGAUGAUUUGGUUUUGAAAGAUCCGAUUGCUUAUAGAGGAAUGGAUUGGAAUGUGACUAAAAUGAAAGUUUAUUUAAAAGAACAAGAUGUUAGAUUAGACGUGAAUCGGUUUAGGAAACAUAUGAUUGAAGCAUACGAGAAGGCUAAAUUGUUUAUGGACUUAAAUGGUUGAUAGACGUUUAUGGUUUGUCGAAAUGAUUUGUGAUUUUUGAGUUGUAAAAUAAGAUGUUUGUUAAUAAAAUCAUUUGGUUCAA